AUGCUUCUCAUGGGCUUCAACGGUCUUUUCGAGAAAUUGUCACAAGAAAUAACAAAUUUGACGAAUACCUUAGGAAAUUUGGAUAUACCAAAGUCUUGGAAAAGGCUGGAUCACGUUAAAGAUGCAAGAAAUAUCGCUCCGCAUAUUUUCAAUGUUCAAGUACGAAAUUUACUAGAAGAUAUAUUUUUCUUAAAAAGAUUAAAAACUAUUGUGGAAUUCUUUGGAUUGGUUCAAGAGAUGUGCCAAUCACUGAAAGGCAUAGGAUCUGGUAUUAUUUUUAGCGACGAACAACUUACCAAACCAGUAAAGCAGUUUAUUGCUGAAUUUAUAUCGAGGAAGCUAUUGGGAAUACUUCCAGAAAUUAUUACCUAUUCGGUCUGCUUUUUACUGCAAAAUUUAGGCUUAGACGUUACUCAUGAAAUUGAACAAAAAGAUAUUGGUGCCGAAAGUAAAGUACCUCUUGAUGAAUUGUACACAAAGGCCUAUACUAUUUUACUCAAAGACGGUAUCUUUUCACAAAAUAUCCUAUCGCAAGCUUCUAGUCUGGAAACGAAUCUAAAAUUAGCCUGGGAAAAAAUUCAAGAGCCCAAAAAGAUAGAACAAAAAUUAACUGUGUUACAAUCCAGUACGUUAAGAUUGCAAGGCCAGCUGGCUGUGCAUAAUAUGAUGUUUGACGAAGUUUUGAAGCUUCAGAAUUUCUCAUCUGUAAGAACUAAAUUUACCGUAGACAUACAAUCUGAAGUAAAUAAUUUACAGAGUAUCUACAGGCAACUGGUCGAGGCCAAAAAUAACCAAGAGAAGCUAAUAGAAAAGGCUGACCAGCGACUGAAUUGGGCAAAGGGAGCUAACCCAACGUGUACAGUAUUAAAACAUGAGUUUCUUAGAUCUACUACUUCCGAAGUCACAAAGGAACAUGAUAAAAUAUUUUUAAAGGCUUUUGAAACCUGGAGAUUAGCUUGUCAAUACAUAGAUUCAAAAACUGAGUCUCUGUCACCUUCUGAAGAAAGUAUUUUGAAAAUGUUGACUGCUGAUUUGGUUAGUGAUGCAAAAUGGCUGCAAAAAGUGUCUGAAACGUUAACAGAUACUAUAACAAAGGGCCAAAAAGAAUUGAUAGAUAAGAGAGAAACAAGCUUUACUGAUGUCGAGAAUCUGGUAUCUAUGAUGGAUAAUUUUAAAACUAUAUACAACAUUCAUGGAAAAUUAAUAUCAGAUGUUAAGGGUUUAAUGAAAAUCAUGACUAAAAUCGAAGAAUACAGCGUAGCCACACAAUAUUUUACGCAGGAAUAUCGACUCUACAUCGAUCAUUUUUCAUCACUUUUCAAUCAUUUCAAAAAAGAUUUGAACAAAGACGAAAUUCAAGUCCUCUUGAAUCAUUUAUUUUAUAUUCGAGAUCAUACCGAAACUAUUUACGAAAAUUUACUGAACUUGGAAUCGGCUCAGAAAAGAGCACAGUUGAUUCAACAGAAAUCAUUCAGUGAAAGUUUGGAGAAAUCGGUUCCUCAGAAGCAGGAGACUGGAUCAAAGGGGCAGCAGAGAAAUGCCUACGCGGUGAAUGUCUGGCGUAGAGUUAAGAUGAAAUUAGAAGGAAGAGACCUGGAAUCGGCCAGAAAGAGCUCUGUACAAGAACAAGUGGACCAUGUGAUUCGCGAAGCAACAAAUUUGGACAACUUGGCUUUACUAUAUGAGGGCUGGACUCCAUGGGUGUGA